AUGGAAGUCAAGAGGAAUGCUGCUAGUCUUUUUAUCUCCCAAACAAAAUAUGCUAUUGACUUGUUACAGAAAUUUGAUAUGGCUGGUGCAAAAGAGUGCUCUUCUCCUGUUCCUGUCAAUUCUACACUUAAAGCUGGUGAUGGUGAAUUGCUUUCUAAUCCAACUAUGUACAAGUCCUUGGUAAGUGCAUCAAAGUAUUUGACCUGGACUAGGCCUGAGAUUAGUUAUGCUAUUAACCAAGUAUGCCAGUUUAUUCAUUCUCCAACCUCAGAUCAUCUUAUAGCUGCUAAGAGAAUUUUAAGUUACAUAAAGGGAACCUUGGAUUAUGGUAUUCUUUUCAGUAAAGGAUUGUUGGCUGUACAUGGUUUCAGUGAUGAAGAUUGGGCUAGAGACCCUGAAACCAGGAAAAGCACUAGUGGAUAUUGUAUCUUUUUUGGUUCUAAUCCUGUUUCCUGGUCAAGCAAGAGACAGAGUACAGUUGCUAGGAGUUCAACUGAAGCAGAAUAUAGGAGCUUAGCUAACUCAGCUGCAGAAUUAAUGUGGAUAUGUCAGUUGUUGAAAGAUUUGGAAGUUGUUCAGGCCAAGAAUUUAUCAAUUCAGUAUAUUUGUACAGUGGAUCAGGUGGCUGAUAUAUUUACUAAAGAACUUGCUGGUCCCAGAUUUGGUUAUCUAUGCAACAAGUUGAUGGUUUUUCCUGCAGGCAACCUCAACUUGAGAGGGGGUAAUACAACAGUUAAUUCUCACGCACUUAAUUCUUUAACUAUUUCCAUAGUCAAUUAUUUUGUAGUUCCCAGUGGUGGUAAUCAAUAA